CAUGGUUUCCUGUUGCAGGUGGGGCGAAGUGUUAGAUGGGAAACUCGGCACUACGGACCGUCUUGAGAUAUAAGUGGGUGAUCCUGUUCCCGACCCUCACUAGCUGGGCCAUCUACGCUGAUUACUCCCAUACUCAGGCGUGGAAAAUAAAGAAAGGCAAGCUGCAACCUCAGGCAUCAUGAUCCAUCAUCUUAUGAGAACUGUGUUGGUUUCUCGUGCAUUCGGGUCUGCCCUGUGGAUGAGUCUCAAUUCCAGAGCAAUGGCCAGUGAAGUUGAAAAGGCAAAGUCUGCCCAGCGGCCGUCAGGCUUGACAUUAUUUUCUCGCAUCAUUGAUGGCUCCAUCCCAGCGGAUAUUAUAUAUAAGGACGAGCAAUGUAUUGCAUUCAGAGACGUCAAUCCCCAGGCACCGGUACAUUUCCUUGUUGUCCCAAAGAAGGUGAUUCCAAUGUUGGAAGAGGCUCAUGAUGAGGAUCAGCAGUUGUUGGGUCAUCUCAUCCUUGUGGCAAAAAAAGUUGCUGCUCAAGAGGGAUUGAAAGAUGGAUUUCGAUUAGUGAUAAAUAACGGGAGGCAAGGUUGUCAGUCUGUCUUCCAUCUCCACCUCCAUGUUAUGGGCAACCAUUCAGCAUUGUUGGUGAUAUCAAGAGGCAAUUUCACCCAUUUUGAUAUGUGUCAAGGUCAAGCGUUCCACAAUUUUAAGCGGGUGACUGGAAAACGACCCAGCCCAUCAACAAAAACUGCACCUGGAAUCUCUGCUGUCAAGAUGGCCAAAAUUGGGGAUAAGUCAGGGUCAAAACCUACGAAAACACAACACCUUCCUCAUGAGGUUAAGAAUGGACAGGUGACCAGUGGACCCUCCAAAAUCCCUCAUGCUCUUGCCGUGACCCAAGUUAAGAAGAGCUCUGAAAUUGGGUCAUCGAAACCUCAACAUUUCAAUUCAAAUAGCAAAGCAGGCCUGAAAAGCACCACUUCUCAGGCCAUCCUGAAGCACCCUGCAGUUCAUCAAAGGAAGGUUCCAGUUGGAAAGGUAAAGACACUAUCUCAGUCAAGCACGAAGUCCUUGUCUGCUGACCUUUCUAAGCAGCCAAAGUUGACAGGCAAGAGACCUGGUACAGUUAAGGCAUCUGCUGCAUCAUCUCCCUCAAAGAGGACAAAAGUAGGCACUGGAUCUAAGUCUAGUUUAGGAGGAGCAAAGCAAGAUGGUCACCAUUUUUUGAAGGUGUUGGAAGAGGGCUCAGAACGCAUCAAGGCACUCAUUGAUUCCUGUGAAGGUUAUCUCAAGGAAUCAGCUGCAGAAAUGUCAGAGGAGGUGCAGGGUACCCUGCGAGCAGCAAUUGGAAAGGCCAAUCUUCUUGUAGACCAAAAGUUUCAACAGUUUCAUGACUUGUGUGGAAAAAACAUUGAGCCCAAGGAAGGAGAGACUGUUGUACAAAAUGGAGACUUGACUGGGUUUUGGGAUCUUUUGUCAAUUCAGGUUGAAGAUGUGACCAAUGCCUUCGCCUACAUUGAAGUUUUACGUGCCAAUAAUUGGGAAAAGGUGCAGGCAGAGCAGAAUACAGUGGGAGUCUCUAAGGAAGGCCAAAAAGAUACUAAGAAGGCAGAAGGAGCUAGGGUUAAGCCUGCAGUGAGUCGACCUCCUCUCCAGAGCAAGGCAUCUGAUGAGAAACGGAAGCAGCUUCAGGAAUUUAAGCAGAAGAUGAAAGAGAAGAUGAAUGAAGGACAUGCAAACAGGAAUGCUGAUUUGAUUGUGAUCUGAAUUCUUUCAGUUUAAGUGCAUAUCUUUAGCUACUGGUGUGAAUGAGGGAUUUUUAAAAUUUCACCAAUACUCAAACAUUCAUUUUUCACUUCCAAAAUGAAUGUGAACAACUUCACUAUUUUGAGUGGUGGAGCAUUUGUGCCAUUCAUGGGAUUUUUGGGCAUUAUUUGAAUGGUUUACUGCAAUGUGACUCUGGGAUUUUUAGGCUUUGUGUGUGACAUGGAUUCUCUAAAAUGUGACUUUCAUAUUAAAGCCAGUGUGAGAAUGUCAAUAGAAAUGAAAUUGAAGUAAUAAAAGUGCUUUUAUGUUUUAACCAAUGCAGCUACAGGAAAAUGAUGAAAAUGAACUAGGAGAGAUUCAUGGGAACUUGGUUUUGAAAGAUUAAAACUUCUGUAUGGCUGCAAGAAUGUGGGUAUAGUCAUUGAAACAGUCUUCCAUAAAUGGAAGACUGUCAAAGACUGACUUCCAGAUACUUCCAAAGUCAGUUUAAGUGAACAAACAUUUUAAUUACUUUCACUAUAUGGCAGAAGCCUGUGAAUGACCUGUAAAUGCUAAGUGUAUCUUGCUAAAUAAGAAUGGUGGCUUAAAUGUGAAUCUUUUCAGCUGUAUGAUACAGUAUGCAUGUGAGGCUUAGAAGACUUCAUUGAAGAUGAGGCUGAAAGCAAAGAGAAUAUGUUUGAUGAGAAGGACAUUAAGGGAAAUGUGCUCUUUUCUGUCUGAAUCAUGGAAAGUGCUUGAGGAAUCCUGUAUGGUUGAACAAAACUUUUUGGAUACCGGUAUUAAGUUUUAGGGACUUGUCAGUUUGCCAAUGAGGUGUUGCCACAUUUUUCCCUUCAAGUUUAUAUCCUGAUGUCCUCAUGAAAUGACAAUACAGUGACAGAAGUUUCCAUUGCACAGGGCUGGAAGUCAUUAAUUAUUCAUAGAAGUCUAAUGGUACUGGUCAAAAAUUCUAUCCCACCAAUGUGAGAGGUUUUCUUGUCCAGUUCCACAUUAAGAUGUCCUUGCAAAUUUGUGAUACCAGCAUAAUACUCAUUUGGAC